UGUAUGUGUUUGUGUGUGUGUGAGUGUGUGUCAGGGAGGAGUGUUACGAGCUGUUAGCGAAAACCAAAACUGCCCUUUCCAGGCUCGUGGAGAUUCAGCAUGUCCGUGGCUGAACUCAGACAACAUGUACAUCAGCUACCUCCUGGAUAAAGAAAGCAGCAUGUAUCCUAAUUCGGUGAGGCACCCCAGCUUGAACCUAAACCCCCAGAACUUUGCACCCCCUCCUCCCCCUCCACAGUAUUCUGACUUCGCCGGUUACCACCAUCAUGUCUCCGGGAUCAGCACGGACCCUCACCACCCUCAAACCGCUGGCACCUGGAGCUCCCCUUACGUACCACCCCGGGAUGAAUGGCACAGCUAUGGGGCAGGUGCCCCCACCGUCACCACCUCGCCAGGGCAGCUGGCGUUCGGCCCGUCCGACUUUACCCCUGUGCAGCCCCAGGGUGGCGCUGGCCUGCUGCCCUCCAUGAGCACCUUGGGACCCCAACUCUCCCCCAGCUCUCCGAGGCGGAAUCCUUACGACUGGAUGAGGCGCAGUCUUCAGCCCAAUCCGCAAGCAGGCAAAACCAGAACGAAAGACAAGUACCGAGUGGUGUACACUGACCAUCAAAGGCUGGAGUUAGAGAAGGAAUUUCACUACAGCAGAUAUAUUACCAUUCGCAGGAAGUCAGAACUGGCAAUUGCAUUAGGAUUGUCUGAACGGCAGGUGAAAAUCUGGUUCCAGAAUAGACGAGCAAAAGAGAGAAAAAUCAACAAAAAGAAGAUGCAGCAACAGUCCCAACAAGCCAGCACGACAACACCCACUCCACCUGGAGUCCCUGGCACUGCACCAGCCAUUGGCCUGGUCAGCAGUAGCAGUAACCUUGUCUCCCAAUCCAUUCCACUGACUAUCAAAGAAGAAUACUUGUCCUAACUCAACUCUUCUCCUUACACCUCCUGUACAAGAUGCCCCACUCCAUUCUGGAUUGGCUACACCACAGUUUGAGUAAAGAAAAGACUUGUCUCUGAAGCUUUGUGCUUCAGGAAGUGACACUACUUAACCCUCAGGAGUGGUGCCUUCAUUCUCCCCCCCCUCAACACCUCCAGAGGGUGGUGAGGGUGGCAAGGGGGAAGGAAGGGCCAGUGCAUUUGGGAUCAAGGCUUGAACUCUGACCUCUGCUUUGUGGUGGAUGAAAAUACAUUGAAAAACCUGGGAAGUGGGGGGUACACAGAAAUGGAAGGAGGACUUCUGUCUUGAAAUGGAGACUUAUUGUAUGCAGUGUAUCUUUCUGAAGGCUGCAUUCAGUAACAAUAUGGGGCUCCAAGCGGGAUAAGGGUUGCUUCAUCAAGCAUCUUUCUCUGCUGUUGUGAAUGCUGUUGAAUUUGUUUUUGGAUAGGCUGUAAUAUAUUUCUUGUGGUUAAGGGCUUGUUUAUUUUUUAAGAAAGAAUAUAUUGUUUAAAAUGUUGUAUUACACCAGAAACUCACAACAUUUUCAAAUUGGACUUCUAAAAAUGGUUUGUUGGCAAGGAAUACUCUUCAGUUUUGCUGCUUUUCACAUUUUGUUCCAUAGCCUCGGUCCUCAGGAAUCACUUAGAAGUGGUUAAACAACAACUUGCAUUUAUAUAGCACCUUUCGCAAAGUGAAAUGUCCCCACGGUAAAUGUGAACACCCAAGAUAUCUCAGAAGGUAUCAGGGACUGGUGAUUAAAAGCUUGGUCAAAAAGUGAGGUUUGUAAGGAGCAUUGUACAAGAGGAGAGGGAGUGGUAGAGGGCUUAACGGAGGGAAUUUCAGAGCUGAGGGCGGGGCUGACCAAUCAUGGAGUGACUAACAUCCAGGAGGAGGAAGAGGCUGGGUUAGAGCAGAUAGAGAUCUUAGUGAGCUUACAGAGAUCUUGGGGAUGCGGCACGGGAUGGACUUUUUAUUCUACAGAAGAAUCUGGACACAAGGAUGUGAAUUUUAUAUCUUGGUGUUAAUGGCCUGGCUAGGGAGAUGAAUCAGCGGAACUCAGUGAAUUAGGAUGUGAGCAGGAAAAUUUCGGAUGAGGUCAAGAUCAUGGGAGGAGGAAGAUAAGAGGGCAGACAGUGGGCUGUUGAACAAUUAGAGUCUGUAGAUAAUAAAUUAGUGGUUUUCUUUUUGAUGAAGAAUUUCUAGGUUUGAGUUCCACACCUGGGCUUGAUGGCCAUGAAUCAUAAGAACCUUACAGUGUGAAAGCAGGCCAUUUAGAACAGCCUACCCACACCCACCCCAUCCCCUAUCACUGUAACCUUGCAUUUCCCACGGCCAAGCCACCUAGCUUUCUCAUCCCUGGACACUAUGGGCAACUUAGCAUGGCUAAUCUGCCUAACUGUUCUAUUUUUGGACUGUGGGAGGAAACCGGAGCACUCGGAGGAAACCCACGCAGACACGGGGAGAAUGUGCAAAAUCCAAACAGACAGUUAUCUGAGGUCGGAAUCAAACCCAGGUCCCUGAUGCUGUGAAGCGGCAGUGCUAACCACUGAGCCACUAUCACACCCCUGCCAGAUGGUACGCUUACAAUGUGGCCAGACUGGUUGAUUAUCAGUCUGUAAAUCCUUCCCAUGUCCCUGAUGAUAGGUAGUAAGAACAGGAGAGCAUCCAUAGGCAUUGACAAACAGCCGUAGGACUUUGAUCAAUACAGGACCCUGAUGAAGGGUCCUGACCCAAAACAUUGACUUUCCUCCUCCUUUGAUGCCACCUGGCCUGCUGCAUUCCUCCAGCUCCACACUGUAUCAACUCUGGCUCUAGCAUCUGUAGUUCUUGCUAUCUCCAUACUUUAAUCAUCGAGGUAAGCCUGUCCAAUGGAAGGCCAUAGCCCAAUCUUUGUAAAUAUUGGUAUGUGAGAACAGACAGAUAGCUAACAAAAGCAGGAAUGCAGGAACACAAAUCUUUACAUGUAGCUGGCCAGGUCCGUGCUCUUGGCCAUUUGAAAAUACCCAAGAGGGCAAUUAAGAGUCCAUUAAAGCAAGUAAGCUGGUAGGUGUCCUUCCUGCAAGGACAUUUGAGAAUUAGAUAAUCUUUAUAACAAUGAACACAUAGUCACUUUCAGACUAAGUUUUAAUUGGAUUCAAAUUUCUCCUUUGGCCAUAAUGGGAUUCAAACCUAUUCAACCCCAGAACAUUAUGUUGGGGGCCUGGAUUAUGAGUCCAGUGAUAUAAUCACUACACUUUUACCUUCCUAUGAAUCACAAGCACGACCCACAGUGGACCAUAAAUGCUGGCCUAGCCAGUGACACCCAAAUCCCAUGAAUGAAGAACGAAACGACCACACUGAGAAUUUUAUAGGAUGUAGAGCUCAGAAAGAUAUUGUUCAGUACAGCUGGGCCACACCAAAGUUCCAGCUCCAUGUGAGCCUUCAUCUCACUUAUAUUCAUCACAUCCUAUGACCAUAGUGUUUUCUUCAAAUCAUUUCUUAUCGAAGUUCCCCUUAAAUGUACCCUUACGAUGUUGAUGGGCUGAAAGGCCUUUAAACAUGAUGUAGACCUCUAUGACAAUUUGCUACAAUUGCUCCUUACAGCAGCGUUUUUCACAUUCUUACCACUGUCCUGGUAAUGAUGCUCCUCUUGAACUUGCCAAUGGAUUUGGAAAUGGCUGCAUGGAGGCUGGUAUCCCAUCAUCAAGUUGCCCUUUAUUUACCUUUGCACAGUACAUUGGCUGUGACCAGCCCAUUCACAGUCAGUCCCUGCAAGACAGGAAACUCUGAACCCGCUGUUUCUAUCUGUCAUCCAGGACUCCCUGAUCGGCCUAGGUCAACAACUCCAAUCAAGAAACUCAUAAUCAAGAAGAUCCACCUGGGUCUAAUCACUAAUCACUAAUUCUAAUCAGAUUUAUUACUGACCAGAUUAUAUUUAUGAUUUUGGUCUGUCUCUAUAACAAUCCAAUCAGACCCUGUCAUAAUCUUAAAGAGCUUGAUUAGGUCAUGGCUGAAUGAAUAAAUAAAAGCUACUGCUUGUGGUCAUGAGAUCCACAUUUUCACCACUCACUCACUUCUCCUGAAUUCCUACUGGAUUUCAUUAGCAAGCAUCUUAUGUGCCAACAUAUUCUGGAGUUGGCCACAAGUCAAUUAACUGGGUAAUGCCAGGCUAUGCAGAAUUUUGAUUGUGGUGGAUUCAAAUAUGGUUACGGCUUGACAUUUAAUAGCAUUUCUGUCACUGAAUUCCUUAUUCCAAUGUCCUGGGGUAAUCAUCAACCAGAAACUAAAAUGGAUCAGCUAUAUUGAUAUUGUGACAGCAAAUGCAGGUCAGAGGCUGGGAAUGCUGCAACAAACAAUGCACCACCUAACUCCCCAAAACCUGACAUCAUCUACAAGGAACAGGACAGGAGUGCAAUGGAAUACUCUCCAUUUGCUUGGAUGAGUGCAGCUUCAACAACACUCAAGCAGCUUGACAGCAUCAGGCCAAAGGGUGCCGCUUGUUUAGUGUAAUAUCCAUGAAAUCCAAUGUUCACUCCCUCCAUCACGGACAGUGGCAGCAGUGUCUAUCAUCUACAAAAUGCAACUCACUGAGGUCCCUUUGACAGCACUUUCCAGUCUCUCGAUUUAUACCACCUAGAAAGAGAAGAGUCAGCAGAUACAUCGGAAAACCACUGAAAGAAAAUUCUCCCCAAAGUCAUACACCAGCCUGACUUGGAACUAUGUCACUGCUGCGGCACUGCUGCUGGGUCAAAAUCUUGGAACUCCCUUCUUGAUAGCACUGAAUAUCUCCCUACACCGCAGGGACCCCGGCAGGUUAGAAGAAGGCAAACCAAGGCCUUCUCAAAGGCGACUUGGGUUUGACAAUAAGUUCUGGUCCAACCGCUGAAUCCACAUCUUGUGAUUGAUGAAAAAGAAACAUUUCAAAACAUCAGCUUUCAAAUGAUAAGGAAUUCUGACUGUUGUGAAAGUUGCUGUAAAUGCAAGUCUGUUCUCUUUGUUUUUCCUUUCUCACGGUGGGUAUCUCUCCUGCCUCUGAAUCAGAUGGUUGUAGGUUCAAAACCCACUCUAGAGAUUUGAUCAGAAACAUUCAGACUGACAAUCCCCGGUGCAUAACUGCAGGAGUGCCACACCGGCACAGGCACCAUCUUUUGAAUCAGAUGUUAAACCGAGGCACCAUCUGCUCUCUCAGGGGAGAAGCGAAUUUCUCCCUCAACCUCUUGCAAGUAAUUAUCCAUCGAUCAAUGUUAGCAAUAAUCAGGUCAUUAUCACACUGCUAUUUAGUAGGUGCUUGCUGUGCACUAUCUGGUGUGUUUCUUCCAUCACAGCAGCAACCACAUUUUAGAAUGACUUUAUUCUUGAAGGUGUUUUGUGAAAUCCUGAGGUUGUGAAAGGCAUUACAGAAAUGAAAGUCCUUUCUUUGCCUUGUUGUCAUAUCUGGUUAGUAUUUUGAUAAAGGGACCAAGUUGCCUCAGGACUGCAGAUGAGUAAAACACUGAGUUGCAAGACUGAGUGCACAUGUGCCACUGAUAUAGAAACAUCCACACUGCCAUUGCAAUGGAGGUAGUCUGUUCUGUCACGAUGAGCAGAGAUAAAAUCGUCACUCUGCUCAUGAAUGGUUUCAUAGAAAUAUGAUUCUACUUGAAGCUGGUAACACUUAUCUGGGGGUUGGUUAGCUGAGUUGGCUGGAUGGCUGGUUUGCGAUGUCACCUUGAAGGGCUCUCUUUCUCAACUUCUCCCCUUGCCUGAGGUAUGGUGACCCUCAGAUUAAAGCACCAUUAGUUACCAUCUCUAAUGAGCAGGACUAUGACAACUUUACCAGCUAUUGUCUGUCUGACAAAGUGAAGCAUAGCAACUCUGAUCAGCAAAAUGGAGGAUCUAAAGUUUGCAUCAGUUUUGCAGAAAAAAGGUGUUUAAUUGAUAUUUUGUUGCAAUAUUGAGAAUGCCUUGCUUAUUAGAGAAGCACAAUUUUGUUCUCACUGCGCUGAGCGUAUGUUUGAGAGGACUCUGCUCUACACUGGAGGGUACAUCAGAGUCUGUGAAAAACUAGGAUUUUGUGCCAUAUCCCUGUACAGGUUUACUCAGAAAUUGGCAUCUUCUCAUUUCCAUGGCUGUCCUAUACACACGGUUGUAAGCCAGAUGCCAGGUUUUGGUAACGUAUAGUUUAUGAUUCAGAAAGAAAAUGGGUUUUCAUCCUGAACUCAUCAGGAUAUUUCACAAGAAUACCAACACAGCAGGGAAACUGACAGUUAUGUUGCAGGAGAGGAGAAUGCCGAUUAGAAGGCAAGUGGACUAUGAUUGGCUAAGGUGAUUGGCCUGAGAGAAUGCAUGGGUACAUUCUACCAAUCUGCUACCAAGAAGAAUCUGCUUGUAAACAUUUACACGAUAAUAGGCUCUGCAUUCUCAGGUGGAGGCAAAAGACUCCACGGCAUCAUCUUAAAGAAGAGCAAAGGAAUCUCAUCUAGUGGUGUACCCAGUAUUUGUCCCUCAAACAAGAUCACUAAGGAUCCAGAUUACAACUGGUCAUUAUCUUGUGGCUGUCUGUGUGAUUUUGCAGUGUCAAAAUUGGCAGUGUGUGUCCUACAUUGUAACAGUGACUACAUUUCAAAUGUACUUCAUUGAUUUCAUGUCCACAGUUCAUGAAAGGCGAUCUAGAAAUUCAAGUUAAUUCCUCUUCUACUGACUGUAACUGCCGCUUUGAAACAGAGCCGUUUUUUUCACAGGAGGGUCUCUGAUGGAUUAUAUUUGAAAAUCACUGUGUUUCUUAAGCCUUGCAUGUAAGACGGGCUGGUGUCUUUUUUUAAAAUAAAAUACUUUCUCUGA